AUGAGUUUACCUAUUCACUCCAAAAAACCUGAUAGAUUGAUGAAAACAUUGUUUAUUUCAUAGCCUAUCAUUUUUUAAUCAAAAGGAUUGAGCAAAACUGAAAUGGCGAUAGACCCUGCUCAAGAACCAAUUCCGUAAAAACAUUCUGGUUUUCAGACACUCCAAAGUUAGAGUUUAUAAAAGUAAAUGUAUGGGAUUGGAUUAAACACAGGAAGAUUUUUGGAUAAUCAAGAAUAAUUAAGAUAGGAUAAAAAUAAGAAAAGAGUUAUGAAGCCUGGAUAAAUAACUACAUUAGAACCUUUGACUUAGAAAUCGUCUACUUAGAAUAUAUUUUAAGAGGCAGAUAAUGAGGAAAGAAAAAAGUUCAUUGAUUAUACAGGUGGUCCCAGAUUUGAAAAUGAAAAAUAAGACAAAUUGAUCAAGUACUCGGUGGUAGGAUAUUAACAAUUUUUGAAAAUCCAUUAAGAAAAGCUAAAAUUAGAUGAAAAAAAAAAGAAGAAAACCUAAUAUACCAAUUAAGGGGCAACUGAUGACUCUACAAUAGAGGAGUAAUAACCUUUGAAGACAAGCUAGUUCAGUGAGAAAAUGAUAUAGUAAAGGAAGACGCCAAAAAAGAAUAGAGGAGAUUAAAAAUUUUUGAACAAGAGAGAUUUAGUUUAAAUUAUGAGAGAGACUGAGAAGAGAAUCUAAGAAGCAUAGAAAGAGAUAGAGGAAUAGGAGAGAAAACUACCUCAAAACACGAGAAAUGCAAUCACAAGGGAAGAGAGGGCUAUAAAAAAACAUGAAAACGUAAAGGCCUAAUGGGAAAAUGUUAAUAUUUAAGUGGCUUCCAAUUGCUUUCGUCAACCUGAGGAAACCAUUAUGGCUAGAUCAGAUUAAUUUAGGGGGAAAAAUCAAUUGGUAUAAGCUUUAGAAUUAUGUAAAGGGGAUGAUGAGAAAAACAAUAGUCGCUACUGGUAUUUGAGAUUAAGAUGGUAUGAUCACAAAGAUUCAAGACCUCCCUUUACUUUAUUAACAUAAAAGAAUCAAUAAUAGAGUGAGCGGAAAUUUGAAAAUAGACUCACUAAUAGGUUUGUGACAGACACGGAAGCAGAACGAUUGUAUCAAUAGCAACAAUUUGUAUUAUCUGACAUUUAAUCUAAUUUCAAUGCAAAAUUGAUCGAAAAUCCUUUUAAAUAAGUUGAAACUGUUAUAUCAGAGUAAAAAUUAAAAUCACAAGAGAAGUCAGUGUCGAAUUAUUCUAAUUUUCAGGAUUCGCCAAAAUCUAAAUUAUAUUCAACCAAAUUAGAAACAAUGUACCAUUAGAAAUUGAAGGAGAAACCAAAAAAAAAGUUUGUUGAUUGUUAAGAUUUUUUAAGUUUAAUAGGAGAAAGCCAAUAUCAAAGAGAGUUGAAAAUGUUGAAAAGAGAGUAAAUGCAAGAAUUCAAAUUAGCAGAAAUCCCACUUGAAGAAUAAGAAGUGAUGAUUAAUACAUGGAAUUCUAAGAAUUUGGCAAAAUCUGGUGAACGCAUAUUGUUUUGA